CUACCCCCUUGGUCCUCCUUUUCGCAGCUCUCAGCCCUCCUAGCCCCUUCAGCGGUGAGGUCCCCCCGGGUCUUUUCUUUGUACCAGCCUCCCCCCCACCCCCCCCCCAUCCCAGUCUUGGAUCCCCUUUUCCUUCUCAGCUUUAUCAGGCUCCUUCACCUCUCACUGCCCCCAUCCCAGUCGCAGGCCCCCUUGGUCCCUACCUUUUCCUGCCACCCUACUCAGCCCUCAAUCCUUGCCCCAGGCUGCUAGACCCACUCCCUACCUAUACCCCUAGGGCUUCCUCCCAUCUCCUCCUCUCCCAUCCCCACUGCUUUCUGUAUCCCAGCCUACCUAGCUUAUCCUCACUUCUCUUCCUGGCCAUCUUCCCCAGGUUCCAGGCUGGGUGGUGCUUGUGCCUCCUCGGUAGGCCAGAGUGGCGCCAGGUUCUGGGGCUGGUGGGGCUGCUGUUUUCUCCCCAUGGCACUGCCAUCACUCCUGCUGUUGGUGGCAGCCCUGGCAGGUGGGGUGCGUCCCCCCGGGGCACGGAACCUGACGCUGGCAGUGGUGCUGCCAGAACACAACUUGAGCUAUGCCUGGGCCUGGCCGCGGGUGGGUCCUGCUGUGGCCCUCGCUGUGGAGGCGCUGGGCCGGGCACUGCCCGUGGACCUUCGGUUUGUGAGCUCUGAACUAGAUGGCGCCUGCUCUGAGUACCUGGCACCGCUGCGCGCUGUGGACCUCAAGCUAUACCAUGACCCCGAUCUUCUGUUGGGCCCUGGUUGCGUGUACCCUGCUGCCUCUGUGGCCCGCUUUGCCUCCCACUGGCGUCUUCCCCUGCUGACUGCGGGUGCUGUGGCCUCUGGUUUCGCAGCUAAGAAUGAGCAUUAUCGUACCCUGGUGCGCACUGGCCCCUCUGCUCCCAAGCUGGGUGAGUUUGUAGUGACAUUACACGGGCACUUCAAUUGGACGGCCCGUGCUGCCUUGCUGUAUCUGGACGCUCGCACAGAUGACCGGCCCCACUACUUCACCAUCGAGGGCGUCUUUGAGGCCCUGCAGGGCAGCAACCUCAGUGUGCAGCACCAGGUGUAUGCCCGUGAGCCGGGGGGCCCUGAGCAGGCCACCCACUUCAUCCGGGCCAACGGGCGCAUCGUGUAUAUCUGUGGCCCUUUGGAGAUGCUGCAUGAGAUCCUUCUUCAGGCCCAGAGGGAGAACCUGACCAACGGGGAUUAUGUCUUCUUUUACCUGGACGUCUUUGGGGAGAGUCUCCGUGCUGGCCCCACACGCUCGACAGGCCGGCCCUGGCAGGACAAUCGCACCCGGGAACAGGCCCAGGCCCUGAGAGAGGCCUUUCAGACAGUAUUGGUGAUCACUUACCGAGAACCCCCAAAUCCUGAGUAUCAGGAAUUCCAGAAUCGUCUGCUGAUAAGAGCCCGGGAAGAUUUUGGUGUGGAGCUGGCCCCCUCCCUGAUGAACCUCAUUGCUGGCUGCUUCUAUGAUGGGAUCCUGCUGUACGCUGAAGUCCUGAACGAAACAAUACAGGAGGGAGGCACCCGGGAAGACGGGCUUCGAAUUGUGGAGAAGAUGCAGGGACGAAGAUACCACGGUGUGACCGGACUGGUUGUUAUGGACAAGAACAAUGACCGAGAGACUGACUUUGUCCUGUGGGCCAUGGGAGACCUGGAUUCUGGGGACUUCCAGCCUGCAGCCCACUACUCAGGAGCUGAGAAGCAGAUUUGGUGGACAGGACGGCCCAUUCCGUGGGUGAAGGGGGCCCCCCCCUUGGACAAUCCCCCCUGUGCCUUUGACUUGGACGACCCAUCCUGUGAUAAAACUCCACUUUCAACUCUGGCGAUAGUGGCACUGGGCACAGGAAUCACCUUCAUCAUGUUUGGUGUUUCCAGCUUCCUCAUUUUCCGUCCUUACAGAAAGCUGAUGCUGGAGAAGGAGCUGGCUAGCAUGUUGUGGCGCAUUCGCUGGGAAGAACUGCAGUUUGGCAAUUCAGAACGAUACCAUAAAGGUGCAGGCAGUCGCCUCACACUGUCGCUGCGGGGAUCCAGUUACGGCUCGCUCAUGACAGCCCAUGGGAAAUACCAGAUCUUUGCCAACACCGGUCACUUCAAGGGCAAUGUUGUUGCCAUCAAACAUGUGAAUAAGAAGCGCAUCGAGCUGACCCGGCAGGUUCUGUUCGAACUCAAACACAUGAGAGAUGUUCAGUUCAACCAUCUCACUCGUUUCAUUGGUGCCUGCAUUGACCCCCCCAACAUUUGCAUCGUGACCGAGUAUUGUCCUCGGGGGAGUUUACAGGAUAUUCUGGAAAAUGACAGCAUCAACUUGGACUGGAUGUUUCGUUACUCCCUCAUUAAUGACCUUGUUAAGGGCAUGGCCUUUCUCCAUAACAGCAUUAUUGCAUCCCAUGGGAGUCUCAAGUCCUCCAACUGUGUGGUGGAUAGUCGUUUUGUGCUCAAAAUCACAGACUAUGGCCUGGCCAGCUUCCGUUCAACUGCUGAACCCGAUGACAGCCACGCCCUCUAUGCCACCUAUUCCCUCUUUUCAGAGAAGCUGUGGACUGCCCCAGAACUUCUCAGUGGGAACCCACUGCCAACCACAGGCAUGCAGAAGGCUGAUGUCUAUAGCUUUGGGAUCAUCUUACAGGAGAUAGCACUUCGCAGUGGCCCUUUCUACUUGGAAGGCCUGGACCUCAGCCCCAAAGAGAUUGUCCAGAAGGUCCGAAAUGGUCAGCGGCCCUACUUCCGCCCGAGCAUUGACCGGACCCAACUGAAUGAAGAGCUAGUAUUGCUGAUGGAGCGAUGUUGGGCCCAGGAACCAGCUGAGCGGCCAGACUUUGGACAAAUUAAGGGCUUUAUUCGCCGCUUUAACAAGGAGGGCGGCACGAGCAUAUUGGACAACUUGCUGCUGCGCAUGGAGCAGUACGCCAAUAACCUGGAGAAGCUGGUGGAGGAGCGCACACAGGCCUACCUGGAGGAGAAGCGCAAGGCUGAGGCUCUGCUCUACCAGAUUCUACCCCAUUCAGUGGCAGAGCAGUUAAAACGGGGAGAGACUGUACAGGCUGAGGCCUUUGACAGUGUUACCAUCUACUUCAGUGACAUUGUUGGCUUCACAGCUUUGUCAGCAGAGAGCACCCCCAUGCAGGUGGUGACACUUCUUAAUGACCUGUAUACCUGCUUUGAUGCCAUAAUUGACAACUUUGACGUCUACAAGGUAGAAACGAUUGGAGAUGCCUACAUGGUGGUGUCUGGCCUCCCAGGCCGAAAUGGUCAACGCCAUGCCCCGGAAAUUGCUCGUAUGGCCCUAGCAUUACUGGAUGCAGUUUCUUCCUUCCGCAUCCGCCACCGGCCCCAUGACCAGCUGAGGCUACGCAUAGGGGUCCACACUGGGCCUGUGUGUGCUGGGGUUGUUGGCCUGAAGAUGCCCCGCUAUUGUCUUUUUGGAGACACAGUGAACACUGCUUCCCGCAUGGAGUCUAAUGGUCAAGGGAAAAGGAAAGAUGCGAACCUACUGGCUCCUAGGAGAGCGGAAAGGACCCUCUGGACUCCUGUAAACCCUACUUCUUCCCAAAUCAGACGGUCUCCUGCUGCUGGUACCUGGGUGGGCAGUGGUUACCAUCUCUCCAUGCACCAGAAAUGGACAUGUCGUGUAAGAUGGAAACCAAUGUGCACAAAAACCCUACCUUAUAUGGAAGCUGUGGCUCUUUGCAGCUCAGGCUUGUACAUAUACCUGCCUCACUCUGGCCUGGUUCCCUUCUUCCUUACCUUCUGUAAAUAUCUGUAUCUAAACCAGAAUAUUUUGGCCAAAUAUAAAACAACAAAAAAUGUCAUGGUGUCAGAGUCUGGGUUAGGGACAAGUCCAAGGAAAGGUUAUGGAGUGUGAACAUGGUAACGCAUGGAAUCACUGAAUUAAGAGUCUCAGGG